CCGCUGCUGUGUUUUGAAUCGGAGUAGUUUUAACCGUCAGGCGCCGCCACAGCUCACAGUGCGAGAGAAUCAAAACGUGUGUCUGCCCAUUUUGUCUCACAAAACGGAAUAAACACCAACAUGGACUUGGACUCCAUGAAAUAUGCGGAGUUGCGAAGCCUUGCUAAGGAGCUUGGGCUUAAAGCGAACAUGAAGGCCGAUAAACUCCUCAAAGCCAUCAAGCAACAUUAUCAGCAAGAAAAGAACAAGGAGGAGGGAGGGCAGGGACAAGAGAAGGAUGCUGCAGUUGUUCAAGAAGACGAAAAUGCGACACAAGACAGUACUCAGGAAAAUAAAGACACAUCUUGCAAGGAAGAAGUUUCCAGCCCCACUGUGUUUGUGAACACACGUCGAGGCAAAGGAAACGGUACCAAGAGAAAGAUCUCUGAUACUGCAUCAGUGACUGAGUGUGAUGCCAAGUUACCUCCAAGAGCUGCAGAGGGUGACACUGUGGCUGCAUCUAUUGAACCCUGUGGUGCUAGGGGUGCUAAGAAGAGAAAAGUGUCCUCUACCAAGGAUUCUGACAAAACUGAGCCUCCUAAGGAGCCUCAGGCCACUGGCAGUGAGCAGCAGCCUGACAUUAAGGAUGAAGCACCUGUGCAUAGUGAUACAGAAAAUGCACCAAAAGUGACCAAAGCUGGUAAAAUCCCUCGUUACCAAAGGCUCCAGCAGAAGAACAAGCCGUCGUUGAAGCCUGUCACUCCUAACUUUAAAAAACUCCACGAGGCACAUUUUAACAAGAUGGAGUCGAUUGACUCGUACGUCCAGCGAAAGACCAAGCAGAUGGACACUUACAGAAGUUCAGUUAAAGAACUGAAGAAACUUUCAGACAAAACUAAACUGCAGCAAGUUGAUGGCAAAACUCAAGUGGUAAGUAUCACCACCUGUUCAUCCACAAUUGUACAGACACUACAGUUGCAGUAUAUUAACUACCUUCCAGAGUACACUGAAGGUGAUGACCUGUAUGCAUAUAUUCUACAGAAGGCAAAUCCCAGUCGUGCCUCCAUGUUCAGCCCUGUCCUGUUGAAUAAGAGAGCAGCUGAGGACAAACGCAGACACACUUUGCUAUCAGCCAGUAAAGUUCCUCCAAAUAAGCCAGCUGGGAAGGAAGUUGUUUUGUUCAGACCGUCUGUCCUUUCCACUCGCAGGAUCAAUGUUCGGUUCUCAGAAGUCACUCAUGACAAUGAGCAUAAGAGGUCCUUGCUGAAGACGCCGGCACGAAUGUCGCCCUGUGUGACCUCGAGCACCCCACAAAAGCCGACCGCUGAUGGAGGAAAGCCCAAAAAUGUCAAGACUUCAACUUUCUCUGCAACAAAAACUCCAGGACCAUUCAUUUUCACCGGCAACACAAGUACUUCAACAACCCCGGGAACACAAAAGUCAAACUUUGAUCUGAAGGCGAGUCUGUCUCGUCCCCUCACCUACAAGCCUCAUACAGGUAAACUGAAGCCAUUUGGAGAGGCCAAAGAAAACACGGCAGGAAACAAGUCGCUGAUCUCAAAUUCACAUCAGAAAAAUUACAAACAGCACCAAGUCCAGACAAGGGGGGACAGGAGAGCAAAACAAACAGAAGACCGAAAGCAGAAGAAAGAGAGUAUGCUUGGGGCAAGAAGAGGCCUUGUCAUGAUGUAAAAAAUGUCGUGCUUGUUUGUAGACGUUUUGUACAGCCUGUUGUUCCAGUGUAAAUAUUUUGUCGUCUGCAGCUGACAUCUUUUAGCCUAUUGUUAGGAAAGUAGACAAGCUCACAUUUUCUGCUUCUAUCCAAUCUACUGUGCAUUGUUUUUAGAUUCGACUCAUGAAUUAGAUUAAACACCAUAUAACUCUAAAUAAUACAUUUAUGUGUUUUGAUAUGUAGAGAAUCGAUGUCCUGUUUCGCUGCAUUUGAAACUGGUAAUUUUGUUCUUAAAAAUUUGAUAUACUUGCUGUUUACACUUUUUUUUUGGGAAAGACUGAUAAAAAGACAUUGUUACUAAAGCUUUCCUUGUCUGAAUUCUCAGUUUUUAAAUUAAAAUUGCCAUUGCAGUUUUGCAUUG